CGCUACACGGAAGCUGUACACAUUGUUUCUGGUUCAAGCUAACGGAGUCAGAACUGUGAAUUUCUCAGGUUUAAAAUAGCCAACAUGGAUGUAUCAGAAGGAGAUGAGUCUUGCCUAUUGUUAGACGAUAAACUGCUUCAUUUUAUGGACCAGCUUGAGUUACUGGAGAAGAAAAGAACCACUCUCAACUCUCUCAUCGAGCAGGGAUGGUUUUCCAUGACCAAGGCACGAUUUUCUAUGGGAAACAAACAAGUGUCUGCACUUCAGUAUGCUAAUGAGAUGGAGCCACUGGUUCGUGUUCAUGUAAGAACACUGGACAGCGGCGAGGUGCUAUUUUGCACAGAACAAUCUACACAAAAGUGUAAAGACUCUAACACUAAUGUGGAGAAUGUUGGACCUCAAGAAGAAGGUGUCAGGCUAAGAAAAAAGACGAGCAGCAUUACAGAAAAAAAGGCAAGUGGUAAAGUGAAUGGAGAGGGAGCUCUUGACGAAAAUCUGGUACGAAAAGGAGAUCAUAAUCCUCAGCAGGACCCUCUGAAAUGGUUUGGGAUUUUAGUACCGCAGCCUCUGAAGCAAGCACAGUCCUCUUUCAAGCAAGUAAUGGAGCUUUCUGCUGAGGUUGCAGCUCUUCAGAUUGCAGUUUUAAACACCAGAGAGGAGCUGAAGAACAGCUUGAAAAACAAAAGAUCUUCAGGAGAACAAUUCAAAGCCUCUGCUGGAAAUGGGGCUGACCAAAAAGAAAAACAAGAAGACACCGGCUAGUUUAAAAUUUAGCGAAGGAGUUUUUGCAGGAAAUAUGCAAUAAGAUGUACUUAUUUUUGUGAUUUAUUGUAAA